AUGAUCGAACAGAAACUUGAUCGUCAGACCGUUGAGGUAGAUCACAAGAUAGACAAAUUGAAGCGAGAAUUGGAGCAAUCCAAAAAAAUGGCCAUGCCGUUAGAUCACGCAUCUGGAAGAACUUUGAAGGUACCAGCAUUUGACGGAGAGAUGUCCUGGAACGUUUAUAAAACCCAGUUCGAAGCAGCGGCAACUAGUAACUGUUGGAACGGAAAAGAACGAGCAACAGCACUGAUACUGGCCCUGCGAGGUUCAGCAGCAGAGGUUCUUCAGACGAUUUCGGCGGAGAACCACUUCAACUAUGAAGUUCUGACCCCGAGCACAGAGACGAAACUGCCCUGGAUACGUUUAUCAAAGCCCUUCGUGAUUCGGAACUCAAGCAAUCCCUUCUCUUGUCAGAUAAACGAAAACUCAAGGAUGCCGUUGCGCACAGUCUCACUUUUGAAUCGGCAAAGCAAGCAUCAAAAAGUGACGUACGUCUACGCCAAGUACAUGAAGAAUGCUCUUGCCAGAAGUUUAUUGAAAAUGGCACUGGAAUCAGAGAAAUCGGAUACUUUUCAAGUGAUUCUCAACAGCAUCUUCAACAAUCCAGCCAUGGCAGACGUUCAGUGGAACUUCACAACAAAAAAUUGGGAACAGAUAAGAAAAAAGUGUUCAUUGUUGUUGUUUGGUUGUUUUUUGUCAGCUGAAUCAAGAACGAUCACCAACAUUCACAACAGUCUGCGGUUUCAUUUAGAUUCAGUGUCAAAUUCUUGA